AUGUCGUUGAACGAAGUUUGGGAGGCAGCCUCCGCAAGCCCUUACACUCCUCUGAUUUCCAAAGAUAGCCAGUUCUCCGUCGGUUUCACCCUCUUGCUAUCUGCAUUCAUCCUGACUGGUCUCUUUGGACUGAAUCGUUCUUUCUUAAGUAUCGUUUCGUUUGGCGUCCCGGCCUCAUUGGCAUUCGGCUUCGGAGCCGUAUACAUGAUCUGCGCUGUUGGGGUCUACGUUUAG